UCCCCCCUGGGUUCAUUGUGAGACGCCUGGUUGAUGAUGCGGCAAGAAGGACGACGAAAAAAGCAAAAUGGCAACCGCCUCCAAUGAUGGAGAGACCAACGCUCCUCCUAAUUCAGUAACAACUGAAACCUCCCAGCUUACUGUCGGUGAUGAUGAUGACGUCUGUACGCGAAGAAGGAAUCUAGUUGGAUUCUGGCUUCUAAGUCUGUGUAAUAACUUCUCAUAUGUGGUGAUGUUGAGUGCUGCACAUGACAUAUUAAAGCCUACAUUAGAACCCAAAGUGAAUUCUUCAGCAUUACAUUUUGAGAUGGCUUCCAAAAGCAAUGAGACAGAUGGUCUUGGGUGUAAUCCAUUAUCAACAGGGACAAUCCUGCUUGCUGAUAUUCUUCCAACACUCCUUAUAAAGGUUACAGCACCAUUUUACAUGCACAAACUGAGCUACAACUUUCGUAGCAUUUUGUGUGUUCUACUAGCUUUUGCCAGCUUCUUCAUGGUAGCAUACUCACAUGCUCUUGGGCUAAGUUUACUUGGUGUGGCAUGUGCCAGUGCAAGUUCUGGCUUUGGAGAAAUCACUCUACUUAGCUUUUCUGCACAUUUUGAUAAGGAUGUUGUCUCUACCUGGUCAUCAGGGACAGGGGCAGCUGGUGUGUUUGGGGCCCUAUCAUAUGCUGGCCUUAUAUCAGCUGGUGUUUCGCCCAGGAAUACAAUACUUAUCAUGAAUGUUGUGCCAGUCUUGUUCAUCAUCAGCUUCUGGUAUAUCUUGGUCCAUCCUGAAUAUCUCCAAGGCUCCUACCUCAUCAACUAUGCUACUGUGCACUACAAAACAGAAGAGCAUGAGCAGCUGUUCAAAAGUGAUUCUGGGGUUCAAGGUACCAACAAAAGUGAGAUCUCAAAAAUGACCUUCAGUCAGAAGUUAGUAGUCACUAAGGGUCUCCUCAAGUAUAUGAUACCUCUAUUUCUGGUUUACUUUGCUGAGUAUUUCAUAAACCAAGGCUUGCAUGAGUUGAUAUUCUGGAAAGACAUCUGGAUUACACCUGCAGAGCAGUAUAGAUGGUAUCAGGUUGACUAUCAGCUUGGGGUGUUGAUCUCAAGAUCAUCUGUCAAUAUACUUCCUAUCAAGAAUAUAUGUCUAUUGACUGGACUACAGUGGGUGAAUCUGGCAGUGCUGGCGUUCGAAUCCAUCUAUCACUUCCUGCCUUCUGUGUGGAUCAUGUUUGCAAUCUCACCUGGAAAACUUCAGGUCUUUCUUCAAUCACAUCAUACUUUGUAA